GUCAGCAGCAAGACAACAUGGAGGUUACAGCUCUCCCAUCACUGUUAUGCAGCUCUCUUGUCUCUCCAGUGAUGAUUGUGUUGUUGCUGCUGGUCACACAAGUUGACUUCAGUUAUUCUCAAAACGCUGAGGUAAAUUUUCCUCAGGUUGUUCCAGACAGACAGCAGCACUUUCAAUAUGAGUCCAUUGUUGUCAGCUGUGAGGGACUGGAGGGGCUGACUGGAUGGAGAGUGAUGAGGAACAUCAGAGGAGUUGUUAAAACAUGUGCUGCUAGCUGGUCGGCAUCAACAGGACCCUGCAGAAUUACAACUGUGUAUCCAGACCUUGACAGUGGAGAAUACUGGUGUGAGAUGGGAGGAGGAAAGAGAACCAACACUGUCAACAUCACUGUCACUGCUGGUUCUGUGAUCUUGGACAGUCCUGUCCUUCCUGUGAUGGAGGGAGACAGUGUGACUCUGAGCUGUAGAAAGAAGCUGACAUCCUCCAACCUCACUGCUGAAUUCUUUAAAGAUGGCCACUUCAUGGAGAGCAGCUCUACAGGAAACAUUACCAUCCACAAUGUUUCAAAUUCUCAUGAAGGACUCUACAAGUGCAGAACCUCUGAUGUUGGAGAAUCACCAGAGAGCUGGUUGGCUGUCAGAGAAGCUCAUGAGGAGCCUCACCCUUCCUCCCAUCAUACCCCUCAGCUGUACCUGCUGCUCUGCGUUGGCCUCUGUGUUUUCUUGGUGGCUCUGCUGAUGUUGGUCGGAUUAGUGCGAUGUAGGAAACGUCAAACAAUUGUUACAGGUACAGCAACCUCUCCUUCCUCCUUCCAGUCUUCCUCUUCUCCACAAACAGUGUCUGGAGAGGCCCGUGUAGCUGAUCCGGUAGAGCCAACGUAUGCUCUCAUCACAAAACCCAUGAAGGAGAGAGAACCAAGAGCAUACAGCUGCUCAGCGACACCAGUUCCCUAUGCAGGUUACUGAGAGCAGAGACACCUGGCUGAAGAGAGGAGGAGAGACUAUUUAAAGCUCUAUAAUGUAUGCAAGAAGGAAGUCAUACACGAGCCUUUCGUGAACAUUUCGUACUUUAAACUAUUUGGAACUGUUACAUUUUAAUUACCUCUAUUGCAGAAUGAAUGUUUGAUUAUAACAGCUUUAGUGUGUAAGGAAAUAUAUUGAGAAACAGUUAUUGUUAUUAUUACGAUAUAGCAGUUUAUGUUGACUUGUAAAGACUUUACAUGUGUUGAUUCUUAAAGAAAUGUGUGGCUUUUUAUGAAGUGGAAAUGACCUAAAAGCAGAGCAUGAUCAUCAUCUGAGAGCGAGAGCCAACUCACAGUAUCAGUGUCUAUUUCAAGAGGUAUCAGUUCAUCACAGUUAACCCACAUUGUUCUCUCUUCUGUGUCUGUCCACGCACCUGAAAACGCUCUUUACAAGAACAGAGCUGCUGCUGCCUUUAAACACUCUCGCUGUGGCCUCUGUGGUCACACAGUGUCACACACACUGAUGUAUUAUUGACCUAGAAGUUGGUUUGACCAUUAAUUAUUUAACCAUGAACAUUAUGUUAACACAAGACCUUUUUAUAAGAAUAUAAGGUCAACCAGCUGAUGAGGUUGAGGGAUGUGAGAGGGAAUACAGGUAGUUGUGUCACUGAAUAUGGUGUCAAAGGUUCCACCUCACAUUUAAAUGUUGUAUUUAUAUUACAACAAUUUAUCUCUUAUAAAGCUUUUACAGCACAGUGCUGCCGCCCAUAAUAUUGUAUUGCAACCAUCAUUAUGAUAACUGCUCAUGGUGGCAAUACAAUGCAUUUAGACAUGCAGACAUGGUAAAGACAACCUGCUGAAGCUCCAACCAAGCAUGAUCAGAAAUACACAGUAUUCAGUGACUGUUUAGAGUGUAACAAUUAAACCUACUGCACCUAUCUGCUACACCACUAAUUACCAGUUCAAAG